GAGAGGCGACAGCGUCAGUACCGCACCGUUAUAUCCACCACCACGCUACCGACACGGAGCUGCUACAUUUUUUGUACAAACUUACAGCGCAGAAGCAUGUCUCUCACUUAUCUGCAAUUCGUGUUUCUCAUCUGCGCUGUCUUCAAAGUUGAAGAAAUAACAACAGUGGACCCUAGCACAUCUGAUGCAUCUAUAGAUGGGAACAUAUCAAGUGCACCUUCCCCACCAAGACCAACUUCCAACAGUGACCACACAGCAAGCAGCUCAACUGAUUCUGUGCCAAAUUUUGAUGGAACCACUUCCACCACAAUGCCAGAGACAGACAACACAACAGUGAAUGACACCUCAAAUUCAACCACUUUACCCUCUCCAACAGCUUCAAGUGAAGGGAUCAGUCCAACAAACAAUGACAGUGCAACAAGCACAGGCAUCCAACCCACGAAUGAUGGUGCAACUACAAGUGCACAGAUUGCAGAUGGAAGUACAACUGCACGCAUCACACCCACAAGAGGCGACCGAAUAACAACUGCACAGAUCACACCCACAAGAGGCGACAGAAUUACAAGUUCAGAGAUCACAGCUACAAGCAACAAUACGACUACAAGCUCACUGAGCACAAUCAUAAGCGAUGGUACAACUAUAAGUGAGAGUGCAACAAGUGCAUCAAUUGAGUCUACAAGUAAUGUCGCAGCAUCAAAUGCACCAAUCACACCUACAAGCACACAGAUCACAUCUAAAAGUAACAACGGAACAACAAAUGCAUCAUUCACACCCACAAGCAACAACACAACAGCAUUUGAAAACACAACUAUUAACAAACCAAUUACACCAACAAACAACGCAACUACAAGCGAACCAAUCACACCAUCAAACAACGCAACUACAAGCGAACCAAUCACACCUACAAACAACGCAACUACAAGCGAACCAAUCACACCUACAAACAAUGCAACUACAAGCGAACCAAUCACACCUACAAGCAACGCAAGUACAAGCGAACCAAUCACACCUACAAACAAUGCAACUACAAGCGAACCAAUCACACCUACAAACAAUGCAACUACAAGCGAACCAAUCACACCUACAAACAACGCAACUACAAGCGAACCAAUCACACCUACAAGCAACGCAAGUACAAGCGAACCAAUCACACCAUCAAACAAUGUAACUACAAGCGAACCAAUCACACCAUCAAACAAUGCAACUACAAGCGAACCAAUCACACCAUCAAACAAUGCAACUACAAGCGAACCAAUCACACCAUCAAACAACGCAACUACAAGCGAACCAAUCACACCAUCAAACAACGCAACUACAAGCGAACCAAUCACACCUACAAACAAUGCAACUACAAGCGAACCAAUCACACCAUCAAACAACGCAACUACAAGCGAACCAAUCACACCAUCAAACAACGCAACUACAAGCGAACCAAUCACACCAUCAAACAACGCAACUACAAGCGAACCAAUCACACCAUCAAACAACGCAACUACAAGCAAACCAAUCACACCAUCAAACAAUGCAACUACAAGCGAACCAAUCACACCAUCAAACAAUGCAACUACAAGCGAACCAAUCACACCAUCAAACAAUGCAACUACAAGAGAACCAAUCACACCUACAAACAACGCAACUACAAGCGAACCAAUCACACCUACAAACAACGCAACUACAAGCAAACCAAUCACACCUACAAACAAUGCAAGUACAGGUGGAACGAACAGUCCUACAAACAACGCAACUACAAAUGACUCAAUCACACCUACAACUGCAGAUGUGACUUCAAGUGAUGGAAUCACACCUACAAGCAACAAUUCAACUACAGGCACACAGUUCAGCACAAUUACAGCUAUCACAGGCAACUUUUCAACUUUGAUUACCACUGCUACUACACAACCAAACAUCACAACUCCAACUCCAGCAACCAUGCAAACCAGUAACACCACAGCAGCUACAAGCUCAGUCACUGCAGAAAGCUCCACUGCUGUAUUAACUACCUUUGCACUAACCAACUCUACUAACACCUCUCCUGAGACUCCUGCAUCUACUGCUACAUCUUUUUUCUCCACCACAAACACGACACUCACAGCUGGAUCCCCAUCUGCUUCACCUACCUCACCUACCUCCAUCUACACAUCUGACUCUGUCCCUUCAAGCACCUCCCCAGGCAGUAGCACUGUACCCCCCACUGGAAUGACCACCAUCCUUAAUUCCUCAACAGUAACAUCAGGAGAAACCAUAGAAACUCACCCAACAACAGCCUCACCCAGCACCACCACUCCCACCACCAACAAUAAUACUACCAAUAUUGUCAGCACCCUGCAGCCAACAGAUAGCACCAUCAGCAGCUCCUCCACUACAGCUCUGACCAGCCCCAGCCCAGUUAUUGUGUGUCCAGCCACCCCGUGUCCUGUUAAGAGCGUCUGUCUGAACGGCACAUGUCAGUGUCUCACUGGUAACUACUUGCUGAACGGACGUUGUGCACCUGCCCAAGUGUUCCCAGGCAGCCUUCAGCUCAACUCCCUGACAUUUGACAAUCAAAUGAGCAACAGGUCUUCAAGCAUUUUUCAGAGCACAGCAGCGAAUAUCUCAGCAGCGCUCAGAGAUGUUCUUAAAAAUGAGCUGGGGUACAUCCAGUCUGAUGUUGUUCAGCUUCAACGUGGAAGCGUGCAAGCAACUUUGAACACCCGGUCUGAUGUUGUUCGACUUCAACGUGGAAUCGUGAUAGCAACUGUGAAUAACAUCUUUGAAAACACCAACGCCACCCAAGAUUCUGUCUCUCAGACCAUUAAAGAUGCUAUAACCAACUCGACGGGGGUGCUGAGUAAUGCUUUUUUCACAAGCACAAUGCUGUGUAUGCAAGAGCCAUUACCUUGUGAUGUUUCCACUACAACAUGCACUGAAAAAGACAGGCAGGCAGCUUGUUCCUGUAAAGAGGGAUACAUCUCCGUUGUUUACUCAAACAUCAGCUGCAGAGCCUGUCCCAGUGGUCAGAGAGCAGAGGGAGGUUCAUGCAUACCAUGUUCAUUUGGGUAUGCUGGCUUCAACUGCAAUGACUCGGCCCUGCUGGCGGUGGUGAUCAUCUCAUGUGUACUAGGAGGAAUUUUACUCAUCCUUGUUCUGGCUUUGUUCAUUUACUGCUGCUGGAGGACAUGCUCAAAGAGUGAGACGAACUUACGUAGCAGCCCGUACUCAUCAGAGGACUCAAGCAAGCCGUGGCCCACUGGCAUCACCCCGAUCCCCCGAGCCACCACCAACUGGGAGCCAUCUCCUUCCAUAGAGAUGACAGAAGGGGGCAGCACUUACGCCCUGGUGGACAAAAAGCAUCAAAGCAACGGCCUGGGUUUGCACCUGAAGCAGAAUGGAUGGAAAAAGUCGGGAUCUUACGAGCUCAACCCUGAAGGAAUGAAGACCUUCAAAGGUAAAAAUACAUCCCGGUACUCGUAUCUGGUCCAAGGCCACGAGAACCCAUACUUCCUGCCAGGAGAUGAGAAGAAAAACUGACACAAGAGGAUCAAAAAGAAGUUUGGAAACUCUGACACUACAGGCACAUUUCCUGAGCAGGGCCAGGCUAUUUAUAAACAUAUGACAUAUUCUGAACUUUUUGGAAUCACAAAGGACACAAAACUGUAACCAAAGAGCUUAAUUAAUUCCUGCAGAAACACUUUUAAAUGGAUUUUUUUUUUUCUAAAUGAGAGUUGUGUGCUUUGUGGCUGCUUUUAAUAAACACAGCCAGCAGAUGUCACUGUUGCUUUUUAAUUUUGGUACUUUUUUGUUAAAGGUUAUAUUUCACUUCUCAUGUUUUUUUUAAACAUUUGAAGAAAUCAGUGUAGUUAAAAAAAAAUGGAGCUUCUUACUUUACUAAUUGCACUAAAGUAUGUGUAAAGUUUACCACAAGUUUUUUCUCUGGAAUCAAAAGUGAAUUGAAUGUGAGCUUUCUGGGGUUGCUGUAGCUAUUUUUAGGGGUCUGAUUAUAAUUUAGAGAAGAAAUCUUGAAUAACUAAAGGGGCUGGAUCCCUGGUUGGGAUUAUUUUUAAAGGGAUUUCUGUUGUAGCAGUCCAACGCUGAGUAUUUGUUGCAGCUGCACUUGCAAAAUGUGCCUGUGGUAGUGGUUUGUCU